AACAAAAAGAAAAUACACAAAUUGUACCAUUUGGAUCAAAUCCAGGCGGCUUCGUCUCCACAGCAUAAGCUCCGAGGCGAACAGAAACUCGAGGCAUGGCUGAGUUAAUUUGCUUUGAAGCAUCUAAAAGUUUGUGCUGAACUAGAAAUAAAACAUCCAAAAGCCACGUAGUAAGAGCCUUUAAAAUCACUGCAGCAAGAGCUGCCGUCCUUUGUUCUUCCUGGUAUGGGCCUGCUGGUCUGACCCCCAGAUGGUCACUAGGUGGCGCUCUUGCUCUACCAAAAAACCCUUACUCUUCCCAACUUGACCGCGCUGACGUCACGUCAGUCUGGAGCAUCAAGGCCACUUCCACGCAGCCAUUGGUCUGAAACUCACAUGACAUGUCUCCGAGCAUCCAUAAUUAUGUUACUGAUAUUUUUGCACCCCCCUCCAAAAGAUGUCAGCAUCCUACUGUCAUUUUUCUCCCGGAGAAUCCGGUAGUUUAGACCAGUGGAACACACCAAACGAUUAUUGUGUUACCAAAUGCAAAAAUGUCAUGUCCGAAUAACAUAGCUCCCGGUAACUUCCUCAUGGAUUCCUUAAUGGGAGGAUCAUCUUCCUUCAGGGGUGACAGUUAUUCCAGCAACCCCGGAAUGUACAUCCACUCAGCUGCAGAGUACGGAUAUUCAGUGAUGAGAAACAGUGGGAAGGUUGGACUGUCUUCACUCUCGAAAGGAGACGAGAUUCUUACUCCGGGCGGUGUGUCGCUCAGCGGCUUCCAGGAUGAGGCCUACCUGUCAACACAACUGGCCACAUGGACCCCAGGCUCCAAAACCUCCAGGGACGAGCAACCUGUUGCCCAGUGUUUACAACCCUGCUCGUUUCCAAUGGGUAGCGUCAAAGAGGAGGCGUUUUGUUGCCUCUACCAGGAUGACAGCAAUAAGGGGAAACAGACAACAGAGUCAGCCACUUACAUCCGGCUUGGGGACAAUAGCUGCCGGCCUCAGCAAACUGCCUCCUCUUCCAGCGGAUGUUUCAAGGUGUACGGCGGAGAGAGGCCGCCACAGGAUGGUCGGCAGUUCCCCUCCAGUUUCUCUCUGACCCACUUGGCGACAUCUGUUGAACCAUCAGCAGAAUCGACAAUAAGUCGCAGCAAAGCGAAGGAGACAGCGAGAGAGCUUUCCAAAACAGAGGAGAGUCAGAGCAGGAAGGAAGAGAAGGCCAAGAGUGACAGCUGCACAGAUAUCUCGGACGGGGAAUUAAAAGAUGAUUUGUCCGCGGAAAAGACAACGGGAAGCUGGUUAAAAGCCAAAAGUGGAAGGAAGAAGCGCUGUCCCUACACAAAGCAUCAGACGCUGGAGCUGGAAAAGGAGUUCUUGUUCAACAUGUAUCUGUCUCGGGAGCGCCGCCUGGAGAUCAGCCGGAGUAUCAACCUGACCGACAGACAGGUCAAGAUCUGGUUCCAAAACAGACGCAUGAAGCUCAAGAAGCUAAACAGGGAGAGCCGAGAAAGGGAACAGAGCGCAGUCUACAACUACUCCUGAGCAGAUAUUUAACAAACACACACACACACACACACACACACACACACACACACACACACACACACACACACACACACACACACACACACACACACACACCAUGCAUCACAUCCAUUACAUCCAAAUCACGCACACAGACAGCCCAGGCAAAGAUAUCAACAGAUAUGCAUGGUGUCUAUAAAUGAUACAUCCAGCAAUUAUUUAGUGAUCUUUCUCCUUAUGUGCACACUAAGCACACGUGCACACAUCGUGCCUUCCUAUAUGAACGAUCUAAACGCUGCAACUUGCAGACCAGACCUGAGCUUUCCAGGUAAACAGUUGUAGCGACACUGGAACAGUAAGGUGCUAUUAGCUUGUAAUUUUAAUUGUAAUAUAACAUGAACCAAAGGAAAAGAGGAGGCGACAUUCACGCAGUCUAUAAAUAACUAGUGGCAUGUAAGCGGUUUCAUUUUGCUGAGCUUCAAUGAAUGAAAUGCCACUUGUGCUGCUGCUUCUUCCUUGGUGUGUAAUGUGCAUGCACGCGAUGAUAUUAAACUAUGUCAUGGCGAACGAUUCCAAAACAAUAAAAAAGAAAGAAAGGAGGGCGAAUUAGAUAAAAAGCUAUUUCCAACUUUGUCCUUCCCCUAGCAUAGCAAUGAAAAUGAGAGGGAGGGAGAGACACUGCGGAUGAGAGAAGGAGAUCAUGGCAGUUUUAAUAGAAGUGAGAGACCAUAACGUUGAUUUAAAUAUUAUCCAGGUGACCACAGUAAGUCAAGGUCAUAAAAUUCUAAUGUCAGGUUCGCCCUGGAAAGCGUUGGGGGUGGAUUUUAUGAUCUGCAAAUAUAAUGUGCUGCAGCAGUAAAGAUGCGUUUAAAGGUGUGUGUGGAGGAGGGCUAAUCCACACAGCAGAGACUGCAGUGUGCAGGACCCAGCCGAGAGGCGCUGGGCUGGCAGGAGCAGGCGCCUCCACCCCGGGGAUAGUGGAGCUUCAUGGAGAUAAGGAGGAUGGUGGAUAAAAGGACAGCGACCGCGACGGCUCCAGUGACAAUAAUAACAAGCGUCACGGCAAACACGUGGAUAACAAAGCGCAUCUGGAAGGCGUCUACCGAAGGCAAGUGAAGAGAGAUCUUCGGGACAGUCACCGCCUCUACCAGCCGCUGCCUGCGUUUAUUCCCCCACCGGAGGCAAUAAAACCACUGGGACAGCAAAUGGAAGAAGAAAGCCUGCUAGAAAAGACUUUUCCCGGCAGACACCCUGUCUCCAUAAGCUGCUUAUCGCCGGAAUGUGAACACAGCCAGCAGCACAGAGGAGAUGUGCGUUGUGUUGAUAUAUCCCACUCGCCAUCGUGACCCUUCAGCUGCUUUGUUGGACCACAGUGACGCUCGAAAUUGUGGAGAGCCUGCUGGGGGCAUUUCAACGAGCCAACGUGAGUGAGACUGCGGAUUUAAUACACCACAAAUGAUCAGUCUUCAUCUCCUCAAAAGCUGGAGACCAUUCACCUCUCCACCUCUCCACUGACAUUCAUAAUCACGAUGUCCUACCCAUGUUACUGCUGAAAUGUUUUAUAGGAGAGAAAGAAAGAAAGAAAGAAAGAAAGAAAGAAAGAAAGAAAGAAAGAAAGAAAGAAAGAAAGAAAGAAAGAAAGAAAG